AUGGAAAACCAGUCUGAAUCUCCUCCUACAACCUUGCAGCUGUAUCUGGUCACCUACGAUAAAGCAGCUACCGUCACAGUCACGGUGGCCAAGCCCAGGUUCAAUCAGACGGUGUACAUAGACAGGGACAGCAGUCGCCUGGUGACUCUAAACUACACGUAUAUGAUUACCGAAAAAAAGGUCACCAGCAAGGCUGUGCUGGUAAAAUCAAGUGUCGACAUAUCUGUCUUUGCUUUUUCAUCGGCACCUUCCACCGCUGAUGCCAUGAGCUGUCUACCUUUCGAAGACCUGGGUACUAAAUAUUACAUAUCAACCCCCACUUGGGGUUCAAACAAACAAUUUGCGGUGGCCAAUGGUUUAGAAGAAACGGUUGAGGUGAAUAUUACGACAACAGGAUACAUUACCUUCAAUGGAUUUGAAUACAGAAAAGGACAGUCCUUCUCUUUCUUUCUUGAGUACCAACAAGUCAUACAGUUUCAAAGUUCUGAAGAUCUGACAGCCACCAAUAUCUCAUCAUCUGCCCCGGUGGCCGUCUUCAGUGGCCAAAAAUGCUUCUCCUGGGCGAACACCUGUGAUACCUUGGUUGAGCAAUUGCAUCCUAUGCAAAACUGGGGGAAUCUCUUUGCCGUCUUUCCAUUGCUGAAUCACACCCAAGAUUCAAUUAGUAUAAUAGCAGCAAAUCCAGAUACAGUCAUAAGUAUCGAAGGUGAAUUGGAAUCCAAGCGGUACAGCCUUCAAGAAGCCUCCUAUACCCGAUUUCCUUUAAGUGAAAUGGUCAUUAUCAAUUCUUCCCAACCCAUUAUGGUUACAUAUCUUCUCCAAGAAGAUAAACCAAACCUCGUGACAAAUUAUGACCCUUUCUUUGUCACGGUUCCCCCUUCGUUGGCAACUAGAAAGUUCUACAAAUUUGUAACGCAGAACACAUACUACAACUUUCUGCUGAUUGUAUCCCAAGCUGCUUCACCCGAGUUCUACCUGGACCAACAUCUGUUAGACUUUGAUAAUGUCUCUAUGAAAGAGCUGAAUGGAUUCUAUUCUUGGGAAGUCUCUUUGGGUAAAACUGAUGGGCAACAUGAAAUUUACCAUCGGUCAGAGCCAUUUACCAUCUAUGUCUAUGGAAUUGAGAAUUAUGUUUCCUAUGGAUACUCAAUGGGGCAGGAAACAAUCUAUCCAGAUGCUCCCUCCACCCUGGAUCCACCAACAGAAAACUCUACAUCACAAGGCAUUCUGCAUUGUCUUUCGCAUGGAGCUGAAUACCAGCUUCCGAUCCACUUGUUGUCAGAAGCAAACCUAGAAGUGCUGGACGUCCACCUGGAAGAUCCUGAGUGCCGAGCAGAGCUGGAUGGAGAUUUUGCUCUUAUUAAAAUACCUUUUACGGGAUGUGGAUCUGAUGUUCUGAAUGAAGGUGAGAAAACCUAUUAUAUAAACACGAUCUAUGGGACCCUCCCGGGGACCAGUAUCCAUCGCAUUGAGAUCCCAGUGACAUGUGAAAUGGAGACCAAAGAGACUCUUGACUUCAGUUUCCAGCCUAAAGUCACCGAUGUCGUCUCUCUUGGACAUUAUAACGUAUCACUGAAACUCUAUCAAACGGGAAACUUCAACGACCUGGUGACUACAUAUCCCCAUGAGGUCGACCUUCAUGGCAGUCUCCAUAUGGAAUUUAAAGUGGAGUCAGACGAUGCACAUCUCCAGAUACUUGUAGAGAAAUGCAAAGCUUCUCCAUCACUAGGGGAAUCAGAGCAGAUAUAUUAUCUCAUCCAGCAAGGGUGCUCCAAGGAUUCGACCCUCCAGACUCAUCUGGUUCCGGAUCAGAGGCUGCAACGCUUCAGUUUUCAUGUAUUCAAGUUUGACAACUUCCCGGAAGUAUAUCUGUCCUGUAAUGUGAUCAUCUGCCAUAACGGGACCGCUCCAAACCGCUGCACUCAAGGCUGCUUCACCUCAAGACACCGACGUGACGCCCGCAGCUCAAAGGUGCAACUAGCAUCUGCGAGAUUAUCUCAGGGACCCAUCACAAUUAUGUCCGAUCAGCCCCAGAAUACCGGUACAGUCCCUUUCUCGGCACUUAUGGUGGUGGUUGGUGUCAUGGGUUCCCUGACAGUGCUCGGACUGUUUCUACAGAAGCAUCACUACAGGAGACGGGACUACGCUCUGCUGCAAGACACGAGCGACUGAGAAUUGUAGGGAUUUUUUUUUGUUCUUGUUUUAUUUUGGAUUAAUAUAUCCUUUCAGAUAUGAACUAUAUACAUUUUAAAAUAUUUUUUUUCUAUCAGAUGUAACGACGUGGGGGAGGGGCAGU